AAGACUGAACGAUGUCAAACCCGGACAAGCGAUUCCUUCUCACACAAUAUUUUAAAGGUCUUUUUUAAUAAUUGAAAUUGCAUAUAAUUUUUUGUGUUUACCUACCGAAACAUUGAACGUGUAUUGAAACGUGGUGCAGGUUGCUUAAACGUUAACCAUGUCAAACCGCAUCGCUUUCCAGACGCAGUUAGCUUCCAUUAUGGAGGUGCUGGCCAAUGCAGCGGUGGCUGAGAUAUGUAAACUCGUAGACGAUGACUAUGCGGUUAUUAACUUACAAAUGACUCAAUGUCAGCGUGAAAACAAAGCCUUGAAGAGAAAACUACACAUACUGGAACUGAAGAUGGCACGGGGGGUUGCAGAGAGGAGGAUCAGUUCACUGAAUCGCACUAACAGGGUUCAAGUGAGCGCCGCUUUGUCAGACAAAUACAGGAACCAGACUAAUGACACAAUGUAUGGGGCUCAGUUCAACAGAGGUUUGUGGAGAGGUGGAGGGACAGACUCGACUGCCCAGAAGACUGUAAAAGAAAAUAACAACAUGGACAGUAUGGCAGGAGGAGAUGCAGAAAUAUCUGAAGUUGACACAGUACUGAUUAAGGACGAGAUGUUUGAGGAGGACCAAACACAGCAGAGACUGUUCAUCAGAGAUGACGGAGUAACAGAGACUCCAUCACAGACUGGAGUGGCAGGCUUUGGCGAUGUUCAGAUGCAGAAAGAUGAUGAUAAGUUCUCCAGGAUGCAGCAACAGUCUUUGGAGCAGCAAAGGGAGGUGGAAGAUGGAGAACCAGAUACAAUAGUGAUAAAAGAUGAUCUGAAUGACCCAUUGGAAGAAAGCCAGACACAAGAAGCCAUACAUGUGCAAGAUGAAGAGUCGAGGACAGACAUUUGUAAUGGAAGACUUUCUACCUCACCAGCCAAAAGCACAGUGGCGUUUGGAACAGAAGAGCCAAUAGAGUCCGAUUUUUCCCAUUGGAGGGAAAGUGGACUGGAUAGGGGCCAGAAGACCAACAACAUACUAGGUGCGGUGGAAUCCAGUCCAAGUAGUUCUCAACAUUAUCAUUACCACAAGUCUGCUGUUCGACCUAGCAAAGGUCUAACAACAGGAGAAACAGCAGCUCACACAAGCUCGGGGCACUGGGGAGCAGUGAAAAUCAGUACCUCACUCCCAAACCAGCUUAUAAUUAGCAAAGAAAGGAUAGCCACUGAGACACCAGGAACAGAGUGCUCGUCAUAUGAAAGACCUGCAGAGCAUAAAAGUCGCUUUACAUGUUGGACCUCCUCUGUGCAACCAUCUUGCUCAUAUACCACAGAGUCCUACCAGGAUCAAGACUGUAUGCUGGUUGAAUCAAUCAGAGGCUCAAAGGGUGGACUGAAUGCUCCAUCGUCUACCCGAACACAUGCUGUUAGAAGCUCAGAUGCAGCAGAAGGACCCAUCAGCGAAGAGGAAGGGGAGAAUCAAGCCAUCAUUUUGAGGCAAGGCCUAACCAAACUAUUAGGCCACAUUAGUAGGCCAGAAGGGAUUCAGACAGAGAACGCAUGUAAGACAAACUCCUCACAUUUCACUGUGAUUCCCCAAAUGAUUACCAGCUUAACCCAGCCUCUUGCUGGGCUCCAACUUGCAAAUUACAUGGAGAAAGGUAAAAAGAAAAACUACGUUUGUAAGUACUGUGGAAAAGCCUUUUCCGGAAUGUCCAAUCUUGUGGCACACCAGCGCGUGCAUACUGGGGAGAAGCCUUUUAGGUGUAAUACUUGUGGGAAGCUCUUCACAGAAGCAGGUAACCUGAAGAAACACCAUAGAGUUCACACAGGAGAAAAGCCCUUCAUAUGUAGCCGCUGUGGGAAGCGAUUCGCCUGGAUUUGCAACCUCAAGACACAUCAGCAGUCAGCCUCCUGUGGAGUCUGAAGACACAUUUAAUGAAACACAUCUGAUGACAAUGUAGGGCUUCCAACUUAUGGCUUCUCGUAAACCCAUCUUUUGAAACCUUAAAGCUUUUAAAAAUGAUAAAUGGCCAAGUAGAUUUAGCAAAAAUACGACUGGAAAUAUAAAAGAAAAUUUAACUAGAUUUUGGUGAUAUACAGAAAUAAGUGCACGUUUGUCCAUGAAUUGUAAUAUUAACAAUGAACAGCAGGUGGUGGACGAGCACAAAUAAAUAAGCGUGAAUCGGUGUUGUUUUUCCUUCAUAAUAUUAGUUGAAUUGCCUCGAACGUUACAUUAUGCGGAACUCGACUCCAUAUUUUAUAUUAGUUUGUAGUAUAGUUUUAACGAUGAGAAUAGGAAGAAUGGAUUUAUUUUGGCUAAAAUAAAUGUACUAUCAGCCCGGCUAGCUCAGUCGGUAGAGCAUGAGACUCUUAAUCUCAGGGUCGUGGGUUCGAGCCCCACGUUGGGCGAAGUUGUUUUUUUCAUUAUUUAACUUAUUUAUUAUUACCAAAAACAAAACCAGACAUAAUGGAACAAUGUUCCAGAGCAUGGUUAUUUCAACACAUUUUUUAAACGAUAUAGUAAUUUUGAGGUCCUAAUUAUGCACCAUGUGGACUAUAUUCAGAUUUACGUUUUAUUCAUUUAAUUAAAAAAUCAUCUUUGUAGCUAUGUAGAGUCUCAGGGCGUAGAAUCAAGUGUCAUAACCACCAGUUGGUGAUCAUUUUAGAGAGCAGCAGGAUAAUUGCAGAGUACAAUAAUUAAAACUGAAAUAAAAUAGAUAGUCUAAUCACUUAAAACCCCGUUGAAGAGCCAUUGAGGAUUAUGAUCGGGAUUGCAAUAUGGAUGAAACUGGGGUAAGCGAUGAAAAAUGCUUAAGGGGAUGGGAUGUUAGUAGAAGUUGAUUUCGAUAUAUCGACCUCUGGGUUAUGGGACCAGCACGCUUACGCUGCGCGUGAUAUUUCAAGCAUGUCUUGAGCAAUGUUUGAAGUGUAUACAUAAGGCGUUUUGGUCAUUUUAUUAAGUUCCAAAUUUCAUUUUGAAAUAAUAUGUAUUUGUUGUUAGGUACAUUUGUCAGUGCGGUUUUGCAGACUGUUUUUUUUUUUUUUUUUUUUAACAUACCAGCAUCCGGAAUUUAUCGUAUAUCCGACAUUGCUUUAUUUAUGGUGUUAAAAAACAAUGAUUCACUAUACUACCUCCUGGAAUUAUUAGACUUUAAACAGACGAGUGCAGUGCUGGAUAGCGAAAAAACAAACAUUGUUUGGCUGAAAAUCGAAGCGAGGCCGCAGCGUAAAGAGUAUGGAAGCCUAACCACAAGACCAGAUAUACUCGAGCUACUUUUUUAUGAAGGGCCAAAAAUCAAACUUGAUUGAGGGCAGUGGGUCAAAAGUAAACGUUGCAUAUAUCAAACUGUAUUAUUUUAAAAUUAAAUAUUAAUACUGUAAAACACACAAAACUAGUGAUUUGAAGAUCAGAUCAUUUUAUUGACUUGAAUCUUUGAGUCUCGUUCAGCAAAAUUAAUCUUUAUUUAAGUCAUUUUGUUCAUUUGAGCGGAAUUAAAUUAAAAUGUUAUAUUUUCAAUAGCCAAAUCCCACCCAACACGUCUACUUAUGCAAACUUUGAUUAUAGUCCCAAUAAGUAAAAAUUGAUAAUGCAGCC